AUCCUCAACCCACUACAUCCUUCCCUCACACGCCCACAUCACCUAUAAUGGCCUCCAAAGCUGCCUAUAAACGCCUUUCGAAGGAGUAUGUCGCCAUGCAGAGGGAGCCACCGCCCUUCGUCUGGGCGGCACCGGACGAGAAGGACAUCCUCAGUUGGAACUUCAUUAUCCGCGGGCCACCCGACUCUCCCUUUGCAGGUGGCGAAUAUCAUGGAAUACUUCUCUUUCCAUCCGAGUACCCUUUCAAGCCACCCGGUAUCAAGAUGUUUACGCCCUCGGGAAGGUUCCAACCCGACAAGAAGAUCUGCUUUUCUAUGUCCGACUUCCACCCAGGCACUUGGAAUCCUGCAUGGAGCGUCCAAACCAUUUUGACAGGACUGGUCUCCUUUAUGCUCUCCGACGAGAUGACGACUGGAUCCAUGACCACGUCUGACGGAGACAAGCGCACUUAUGCCAUCCGUAGUCAUGCGUGGAAUAUCGAACAGAAGCGUUUCAGGGAGGCCUUUCCAGAGUUUUGCACACCUUCUCUUCGGGGACUUCCCAAUAUGGGAGAGAGAGACCAGGGAAAGCCGGAUACACCACUACCUGCCGCGCCUUCUACAACUACAACUACCUCAUCACAACUACAAACCACACCGCCGCCGCACCCAGCAGCAUCUACAACAUCCGUACCAACGCAAGGUGCGCCAACCGCAACUGGUGCUACUCCAAAAACUGGCACGGGCGCGGUCCGCCCACGGAAGAUAGCAAUGCCCAGGGUACAUGGUGCUCCCGCUGCGACUCCUGGAAAUGGUGCGUCGAAUGGAGACCCUACUGGAAGUAGCGGAUGGAUGGCAGGUUGGAGGCAGAUGGUCUGGGACAAAUGGAGAUGGGGCGUCCUCAUUGCACUAGCAGUGAUUGUGUCUAGGAUCACGAGUGGCAGUAGCGUUUAAUCGUGACCUCCGACCAUACCGCCGCUGUUCAUCUUCCGACCUGGCGACAACAUUCGCCGCACUCUAUCUAUGGGUUUAUUGAUCAGCUCCAUUCGUUUGUUUCGCCCUCCUUCAGUUUGAGCGUUUUGAAGGUCAUAGACAGUGGGGGUGGGUUGAGGUUUUAUGGAACAUAUACUAAUAUAUUCUUCCCGUCUGUUAUCUUGGUCUCAGAUUGAACGACCGUCACUAGUGGACGCGUAUCAACCUUCAUUCGUUUACAGCCUGCGUAUAAUGUCUUGUCUUCAUCGUCACCGUCUUAUGUGACCCACCACUCACUGUACAAUCGGACAGUAUAUCUACCGGUCUCUCUUUCUCUUCUCAUUUAACAUGAAAUGGAAUAAUUCGCUUCGAU